AUGGGCUUAAAUCACAACCUGGGCUUAUGGGCCUUUCUCUUCUUCUUCUUCCUUGUCUUGCUCAUCUCCUCCCUCCCUUCUCCUGCCAUGUCCCAUCAAAUCCGAGCCAAUGCGAAUGCUCCUUCGCAUUUGUCAAGGAGAUUCCAAGUGUACAAGAUCAAGAACACAACGCCUUACUUGUUGGAUGAAGAUCUCAACAAGAACAGCAACAGGAGGAAGAGGAGGAAGAAGAAGAAGAUCAAGCCCUUUGAAACGAGGACUUUCUCAGCCAUGCUUCCUAAGGGUUUCGUCCCUCCGUCGGGAUCGUCGCCGUGCCAUAACGACAUGCCUGACUCGAUCAACUUCUAUUGUGACUAUUCGACAACGAAUCCAUAG